UUGCAGUGGGAAUGAUUUAAAAGAAAGACAUUGAGGCAGCCAAAUGGUUCUGUAAUCAAAAUCCAGAUUGAAAGAGAAGAUAGAAGAAUGGGCGAUUACCAUUUCGUGUACAAGGACCUAGAAGGAGCCUCUACUCAAUGGGACGAUAUCCAGAGAAAGCUUGGAAAUUUGCCCGAAAAGCCACCCGCUUUCAAGCCCCCACCUUUCACCCCUUCCUCUGAUGACCAACCCAAAGACAAAACCUGGAUCGAUUCCAAAACCUCCGAAGAACUCGAAGACCUCGAAGACGACCUCGACGAUGAUCGAUUCCUCCAAGAAUAUAGGAAGAAGAGGUUGGCUGAGAUUCAAGAGGCAGCUAAAGUACUUAGGUUUGGAUCUGUGAUUCCUAUUUCAGGAUCUGAUUUUGUUCGAGAGGUAUCACAGGCUCCAUCUGAUGUUUGGGUGGUUGUCAUCCUUUACAAGGAUGGGAUUCCUGAAUGUGGCUUGUUGAUGCAAAGCAUUGAAGAAUUGGCAAGAAAAUAUCCUGCAACAAAAUUUGUUAAGAUUAUAUCUACAGAUUGUAUCCCAAACUAUCCAGAUCGAAAUGUUCCGACUUUAUUGGUUUACAACAAUGGGGCAGUUAAAGGAAAUUACGUGGGUCUGCAUAGUUUCGGGCGAAGAUGUACUCCUGAAGGUGUUGCAUUAGUGUUGUGCCAAUCGAAUCCUGUUCUUAAUGAUGGUCAUAGUAGAAAUGAAGCAGUCAUUGAAGGAGUUCGCAAACAGUUUAUAGAGAAAAUUGUUGCUGAUCAUGAAGAAGAGGGUGAUGAUUACUCAAGUGAUUAACAUUUCUUUUCUCUUUCUUGUGUUGUUUUCUUUGUUUCCAAGUUUCUUUUGGUUUCACUUUUAAAAUUUUGCCUAAAAAAACACUAGUGCUAAUGUUUAAGUAUAUCUGUGUUGUAUAGUAUACUUUUAUUCCUAGUAAUGAGAUGAUUUUGUCAAGAAAAAUGUUAUUUUAACA